CAGGAACCAGUCCACGACUGCAACGUUUGGCUGCUGACUUGGCUGCUGUCGCCUAUCAAUUAAGACCUCCCCCCCACAUCUACUCCCCGCGUCUGAACCUCGUUCCUGCAUCUCUCCUGAGAUCCGUGCUCAUGGCUGCACACAUCAGUCUGAUGGAAAUCAAGACGACCUUUUCACCAUUCAACACCUGAUGCUUCGACAUGCCUAGAUUCUUUGGCGUCGGACGAGUGUGGCAACGAGAUGUCGCGAAACCUGCGAAACCCCCGACACCCCCAGCUGAGGACGACGCAGCCCACGGGGACGAUGCCAGUCACGUUCCUGCCACUUCGGGCUUGCCUCUGCUGCCCCGACCAUUCGCCUCGGUGGUGUCGUUCCUGACCCAGUCCACCUCGUUGUCCCUCCGCGUGGGGACGUUCGUUGGGGGCGUAGCCCUGGAUGGGGCGAGGGCCACCACCUUGACCGGGCUGGAACUCAGCAGGGCCGUGAUCGAGGGAAUACUGACACGCGCUGGGCGUGAUGUCGCUAUUCGAACUCACGGGGAGCAUGGGAAGGCUGAAGCAGAGUCCCUCCUUGAACGAAGUCUGGCCACGCUACACACGACAGUCACGUCUGCAUCCUUCUUUGCAGCAGCGUCGUUCCAUCUGUCCUCAACCACGCUUUCUUCUGCGGCCAACAUGUCCCAGUCUCUCCUGUCUACCCUGGAUGCUAUCCUUGGCUCCACCGAGUCGUCGAGGGCGAUUGCGGCCAUCAUUACCCUCAUCCGGAGGGAGUUUCGGAGCCCUAACGCUGAUGUUGGCGCCGAAAAGAUCGGCGUAGGCGACCUCUUAGUUGGCUGCGUUGGGUUUGCGAUGCUGCAACGUUGGGGCCGGAGGAACACGGAGAGACACAUCCGCGCCGGUCACCGGGAGGAAACCGUCUGGGAUGUUGUCAUCCUAGAUAAUGGGUUGAGGGCAGAUGUUGUUGGUUCACACCAGCUCGAAAAGGCUAUUGUCCGUCAUGAUCAGUCGCUUGAGCAGAAUAAUCACUCAUCGUUCAUAUCCCCCGGGAACGAUGAAGAGGUUUUUGAUGCUGUGCGGCGACCCCCCAGCACCAUCGACCCGAACGAGUGCCUGAAUAUAUCACUUCCCUCGGAAGAUCAACAUCAGGUAUCAGAUGAAGACAUUCGGCUGUACAUCAUGAAGCAACUCCCCCAUGGCUGCCGUGCCUCUAUCAAGACCGACUUGGUAACAGCACGCACCGUCACCGUGGACGUCUACGACGACGAAAUUGCAGACAUUGCUCCCCCACCUGGUACAAUGAUGAUCGAGCAGACGUUCAAUGCCGAUCACGAUCACAGACACUCCAACGGUUUACAACUUCCUAGAUACACUGUGGUGUUCCGGACAGCUUUCAAUAAGUUCCAGAGCUCGGAUGUGAGACCUUCAAAUAAGCACGACGCAGGAGUGUACCAGAUUGGAAUCGGGUCAGGGGAGUCGAGCAGUCGGCAACCGCUUGCCGAAGUUGGGAAUGUUUCUAUAUCACCUGGGGCACCACGCAGCCUCGGCAUUGAAGCGAUGAGUGAUCAACACGUUUUUCAGGACAACAUCUCUGCGGACAAGCAUGUCGGAAUUGAUCACGAUGCGAAGACGGCGCAGAACGGCUCCCCAAAAAGGCAGGGCCCGAGUCGGCAACAUACGAGUGAGGGGGCAUUUAAAGAUCCUCAUGCGAAGCCCUCCUUGACAAAAUUUGCCCACAAAAUGAAGCCGGUGGGUCUUGACAAGAAGGAUGCUGCCAAACGCUCAUCUACAGGAUCAAUCUUGGAAAAGUCAAGAAUGCCAAGUUCGUCUGAGAAUCCCACACAGCGGGGUAAAUCUCAAAAAGCUUCCAUUCCUGUGAAAAGAUCCCCACAAGAACAGACCAUCGGAUCCGGUUCAAGAAAAGCCACUGAAAAGACCUCGAUGUCGCCUAAACAUGGAUCCUCAACAUCUGUAGCAAACAGAGGUUUGCCGAGAACACCCUUGCAAGGACAGCGGAUGAAAUCUGGUCCCAUUCCAACCACACGUCAACCUGAUGGGCACGAAGUCAGCAGUGGAAAGAGCCCAAGAGCAGAGUAUUAUGCAGUACAUGAGAAGAAUAAGGAGACAUUCAUGGCGCAGACAGAUGCUUAUUCUCGACAAUCAGUGGAAACGCGCCCGGGAACACCAACGCCCAGAAAGGCACAUGUGCGUAGCAGCAGUGCCAUGUCAUUGACCAGGUCAGAAAGUGAUAUGACUAUAUCUUUCAAUGACGAUAAUGGGCCAGGAUCUCCCUCCUUGCAACGACAGUCCGGCUCAUUUACGCCUAGUUUAUACUCCUUGGCAACUGCCGGCUCCGAAACUUCUCUCAUACUUGCUCAUCGUGCGCGAAAAAGCACAUACGAUGAUAUUGAAACCAUCGAAGCACUUAAUCGGGACGGUACCGUCCCUGGUAUCUUUCCCGAGAAGCAUUUCGUGCAGAACAUUCGGCGUUUCUGUCGCUUCUCGUCUGCUUCCUAUGGCUCGAAUGCCCUUAAAGUCAUGGGUGUCCCGCGGACUACUCAGGUUCUUCCAUAUCAGGAUUCCCAUAGCCCCCAGCAUAGCGAUUUUUCGGACCAUGCUGGCUUGCCAGCUUCCACUAUCCUGCUGUCAUCUUUUGUUGACCCUGCGGGUGGGACCAAUGCUGCCGGCGAGACGGAAAGCGGGUUUCCUCUCGUCCAUUACCUUUUCCUGGAUCAUGAAUCCAAGGCAGUUGUUUUGACUUUGAGAGGAACAUGGGGGUUCGAGGAUAUUCUCACGGAUAUGACAUGCGACUAUGAUGAGCUUGAGUGGCAAGGCAAAAGCUGGAAGGUUCACAAGGGUAUGCAUGCUUCUGCGAAGCGACUCCUGAUGGGAGGAGGGGGCAGAGUCAUGAUCACAAUCCGCGCUGCUUUGGAGGAGUACCCAGAUUAUGGGGUGGUUUUGUGCGGCCACUCGCUGGGUGGAGGAGUCGCUGCGCUCCUGGCAACCAUGAUCUCAGAGCCCAACAACGACGCUUCAGGGACCUCAUUUACAACCACGUCAUACCAGUCUACCAAGGGAAGCCUACUUCUGACUGAAGGUAAUGAGGGGGACAGCAAUGCUGCUUUCUUCCUUCCUCCAGGAAGACCCAUACAUGUCUAUGCGUAUGGCCCUCCCUCGACCAUGUCUCCGUUCUUGCGCCGUGCAACGCGCGGCCUAAUAACAACAAUCGUGAACGGCCAAGAUGUGGUGCCCAGCCUAUCUCUGGGCAUUUUGCAUGAUAUGCAUACGGUGUCCCUCGCAUUCAAGAGCGAUAUUUCCGGUGCCAGAUCCCAUGUGCGAUUCCGUGUCUGGGAAGGCUUGAGGCAGAGUAUAGUGAACAAAUUCUACGUCAAUGAGCCACCUAUACUCACACAUGCUGGCGAUGGUGUUGGCGAGGAUGCUUGGGCGUGGGACACUCUGAAAUCCCUUCGGGACGAAAUGCGUGCUCCCAAGCUGAUGCCUCCGGGAGAGGUCUUCGUCGUCGAGACGAUGCGUGUUCUCCAGCGCAACGCCUUCACAUCCGAUUCGGGCGGAGAUGGGAAUCCUUUGCUAGGUCGGCCUGCAACGCGAGUCCAAUUGAAGUUCAUCCGUGACGUUGAGGCACGUUUUGGAGAGCUCAGUUUUGGUUCGGGCAUGUUCAGCGACCACAACCCAGCAAGAUACGAGGCCAGUCUCUCGGCACUUGCACGGGGUAUCUUGGAUGAUUGAUCUAUCUUUGAUUUUGAUUUCGAACAUUGUAUUAAGCAUCAUUUAUAAAACGGUUUGGAUUCGGCGCAUCUAUUGGCAUCUGGACAAACUUUUUGGAUCUUUGUCGGCUCACUAGCUUUCCUUUGUUUCGCCGCCAGCCUCCUUUCCAACCCUCAUGUAUAUAGUAUUUAGGGACAAUCUCGGAAAUAAAUUGUAGGCUUUCUGGAAUGCUG